AUGCCCUCCGACCCCACGGCAGCGGCGGCGGAGCCAGCGCCGUCCUCGAUCCUUAUCAUCGGCUCCGGCGUCUUCGGCCUUACAACUGCCUACGAGCUCGCCCAGCGCCCGCGCUACGCUUCCACUGCCAUCACCGUCCUCGACCGCUCCCCCGUCCCCGGUCCCAGCGAGGACGCCGCCUCCGUCGAUUCUUCUCGUAUCAUCCGCGCGGACUACGCCGACCCAGCCUACGCCCGCCUCGCCGCCGAGGCCCAGACCGAGUGGCGCAAGACCGAGAACCCUUCCGAUCUCGGCGCCGAGGGCCGCUACAGCCAGUCCGGCCUCUGCCUCGUUGCGGACCCGACCCCGACCGCCUCCUCCGCCUACUCCUCCUCCCCCUCCCCCUCAUCGGAGACGGUCAACACAAACGCCCAGGCCAAGCAGAAGGCCAAGAAGACCUCGCUUGAGUAUGUCCGCGAGAGCUACAACAACGUCGUCUCCCUGGCCGGCAGGGAUGGCGACAAGAUCAUCAAGGAGCUGCCCACGCCCACCGCCAUCAAAGAGUUCCUCGGCACGCCCAUCGCGCCGGGUACGUGGGGCUACAUCAACCCGCUCGCCGGCUGGGCCGACGCCGGCGCCGCCAUGUCCUACCUUGCCGCUAAGGUCCAGGCUCUCCAACGCGUGCGCUUCGUCUCCGGCACCGCGAUCCACCUGAACUACAGCCCGGACAGGACGACGGUCACGGGCGCAACGCUUGACGACGGCAGCGUGCUCUCGGCCGACCUCGUCAUCGUUGCCGCGGGCGCCUGGACCGGCCAGCUCGUUGACCUCUCCGGACAGGCCAUCGCCACAGGCCAGGCGGUGGGCUACAUCGACAUCACACCGUCGGAGCUUGAGGUCCUCCGUAAGAUGCCCGUCACCCUCAACUUCAGCACAGGCCUCUUCAUGAUCCCUCCCGCGGGUCUCCAACUCAAGGUCGCGCGCCACGCCUUUGGCUACCUCAACCCGACACCCAUCCCUCACCCUUCGCCCUUGUCUCCGUCCUCCGCCAGGUCCACCGUCUCCCUCCCCGCGACGCAUCUCACGGAUCCGAGGCUCAAGUUCCCUAAGGAAGGUGAGGCCGCACUGCGCCAGGCCGUCCGUACUAUCGUGCCCAUCCCCGCCAUCCACGACCGCCCCUUCGUCCAGACCCGCUUGUGCUGGUACACCGACACCCAGUCGGGCGAUUUCCUCGUCUGCCACCACCCAGAGGCUAAGAAUCUUUUCGUUGCAACGGGUGGCAGCGGCCACGGCUUCAAGUUCUUGCCCGUGCUGGGCCGCGAGAUUGUCAACGUGCUCGAGGGGCAUGGUGAUGAGGUUUUCACUGAGAAGUGGCGGUGGAGGGAGGUUGCGAGCAAGGCGAACGCGACGAAUUUGUACGAACACAUCAUGACUGAGGAUGGGAGCAGAGGGGGCAUUCCUGGACUACUGCUGAAGCAAGAGCAAGCCAAGUUGUAG